AAGACGACACGCAUAAAUCCCCCCCGCCGGCCGGGCCACCAGUCACCACGACAGCAACAGCACAUCGCCGGUGGUGGAGUGGAGAUGCAGGGCCGGAGGAGCGCGAGCGCGCUGGAGUCGGCGAAGGAGGCGGCGGCGAACGUGGGCGCGUCGGCGUGGGCGGGCAAGGAGAAGACCAAGGCCGUGGUGGAGGAGAAGGUGGCCCAGGCGAGGGCGCGCGACCCGGCGGCGAAGGCCGCCGCGGACGCGCGGAUGGAGGAGCGCGUCCGUGGGGUGGAGGCCGCCAAGCAGGACGCCAUGCGGCACAACGCCGCCUCCAAGGAGCGCGCCUCCGCGGCCGAGCACCACCCGACGCCGCUCGGCGUGGGCGGCGCUGCCGCCGCGCCACUCGUGCCCGCGGGACCCGGCGUCUACGUCCUGGACCGCUCCGCGGUGCCGGCGGCUCCAGCGGCGAACGCAACGGACGGCGACCAUAGUGCUACUGGUGGCGUGCCGGUUGGCGCCGAGGCCGGCGCGGCGGCGAGGCCACAUGCAAGUGCCGGUGCCGGCGUCCCGCCGGCGAGCGGCACGGCAAGAGGGGAUGAUGUAUCAUGUAUCAAGCGUCGUCGAUCGUGUGCACGUGGUUGUGCAGCUGAUUGCCUCAGGCCCCGUUUAGUUCCCAAAAUUUUUCAUACAAUACCCGUCACAUCAAAUCUUUCGACACAUGCAUGAAGUAUUAAAUGUAGUUGAAAAAAAUAACUAAUUACACAGUCUAACUGAUUAGCACGAGAUGAAUCUUUUAAGCCUAAUUAGUUCAUGAUUGGACAUUAUUUGUCAAGUAACAACGAAACAUGCUACAGUAACUUUUCACCCUACUUUUUGCAAACUAAACGCGGCCUCAAUGUAUGAGAUUUCCUUCGCAUUGCUGUGUGUGCCAUAUCUAUACGUCCGGUUGUUUGUUGUCAUAUGCCAUUCGUAGAUUUGGCACUGUCAUGUACUCCGUUUUUAGCAUUGCCCAGAUUUGGCCGUAGCCAAAUUUUAGCUUGGUAUGUUUUUUAUGAUAUAUUUUCUCCGUUCGUUUGACUUUUUAAAUUUUAAGUUUGAACACUUA